CGCCCAGGCCCGCUUCCGGGAGGAAGUGACGCACCCAGUCAGCUUCCGGCUCGGGAGGCUCGGCCCCACCUCCGCGCCGGGCAACUUAAAGGGACCACGACUCCCAGGAGGAUUGAAGGAGACCGGGAGGCUGCCGGCGUGGACCGUGGGAAGGCGGGGCUGGGGCUCGGCGGGAGGCCACCCCCGCAGCCGCCCCGGGAUGAGCGCGCCCAGCAGCUGCUGGACGCGGUGGAGCAGCGGCAGCGGCAGCUCCUGGACACCAUCGCCGCCUGUGAGGAGAUGCUGCGGCAGCUGGGCCGCCGGCGCCCGGAGCCGGCGGGUGGCGGGAAUGUCUCAUCCAAACCCGGGGCGCCCCCCCAGCCAGCUGUCUGCGCCAGAGGCGGUUUCCCAAAGGAUGCUGGCGAUGGAGCUACGGAACCCUGACCAUUCCCGAGCCCGUGGCCCUGAGUUCUCUCCCUCCGGGGGGCUGGUGGCUGGACUCUGAACAACUGCCUUCAGUAAAGGACC